CCCUGCCACUCCCCCUUCCUCCUAGUCCGCCGCUCUCGACUAGCCAUGGCGGAGCGGCGGAGCGAUUUGGGGCCCGAGCAAGAGACAAUGGGGUCCGAGAUCGAUAUAGACGUCGGGACCGAGAUCGAUGUAGACGUCGGGACCGAGGCCGGAGUAGACAUGGGGACCGAGAUCGCUAUGGAAGUCGGGACCGAGAUCAAUACAGACGUCGAGACCGAGAUCGAUGUAGACGUCGCGACCGAAGCCAAAGAGACAGACGUCGCGAUCGAGGCCAAAGAGACAGACGUCGCGACCGAGUCCGGGACCGAGGUGGUGAUGGCGGAGCCGACGAACGCGGCCACGGCGAGUGCGGCCGACCAACUACUGACCCCAGACCGAGCAGCCAGUUACCAGAGAUAUGUAAAAGAAGCCAAAGAAGCUACCAAGAAUGGCAAUCUAGAAGAGGCCCUUAAACUUUUCAAAUUAGCAAAAGAGGUGUUUCCCAAUGACAAGGUUCUGAGCCGAAUUCAAAGACUAGAGGAAGCCCUGGCAGAGAUAGCGAAAGAAGGAGAUGAUGAAUUCAUCGACGUGUGCAACAGUGGCCUGAUGCUGUAUCGCGAACUACACGAUCAACUUUUUGAGUACCAGAAAGAAGGUGUGGCCUUUCUUUAUAGUCUGUAUAAAGAGAACAGGAAAGGGGGCAUAUUGGCAGAUGAUAUGGGACUGGGGAAGACCAUUCAGAUUAUCGCUUUCCUUUCUGCUAUGUUUGAUGCCGAACUUGUGAAGUACGUCCUGCUGAUCAUGCCCACCAGCCUUAUCAGCACAUGGAUCAAAGAAUUUGGGAAGUGGACCCCAGGAAUGAGAGUUGCGACCUUUCAUGGUUCUAGCAAGAGUGAACGUACCAGAAAUCUAAAUAGAAUUCAGAGGAAGAAUGGGGUAGCUGUUACAACGUACCAGAUGGUGAUCAACAACUGGCAGCAGCUUUCUCAGUUGGAUGGAAACGAGUUUGUCUGGGACUAUCUUAUACUUGAUGAAGCCCAUAAAAUUAAAAGCUCUUCAACUAAGUCAUCGAUCGCUGCCCGGGCCAUCCCGGUUAAAAACCGUCUUCUCCUUACGGGAACACCGGUUCAAAAUAACUUGUAUGAGCUGUGGUCCCUCUUUGACUUUGCUUGCCAGGGAUCCUUGCUAGGAACCUCUAAAACCUUUAAAAUGGAGUAUGAAAAUCCUAUUACUCGGGCUAGGGAGAAAGAUGCUACUUCAGGAGAGAAGGCCCUGGGGCUGAAAAUAUCUGAAAACUUAAUGACGCUUAUAAAACCCUAUUUUCUCAGGAGGACCAAAGAUGAUGUACAAAAGAAAAAUAACACUAAAGCCCAGAGCAGCCUUCCCGAAAAGAAGCUAGGCGAUGAUGUUGUCUGUGAAAUCCCUUCUCUUUCCAGGAAAAAUGAGUUGAUUAUUUGGGUGUACUUAGUACCUUUGCAAGAAGAAAUAUAUAGGAAAUUUGUAUCCCUAAACCACAUCAAACAGUUAUUAAUGGAAACACGGUCACCUUUGGCUGAACUGACUAUCUUAAAGAAGUUAUGUGAUCACCCGAGGUUACUGUCAGCCCGGGCUUGCAGUUUGUUAGGUCUCAAAGAAGGCAUCUUCUUUAAUAAAGGUAAAAAUCAAGAGGGUCAAUCAGAAAUCCAGAUUGAUCAGGUACCUCCAGAAUCCCUAAUGAAAGAAUCGGGGAAAGUGAUAUUCCUUAUGGCUUUGCUGAAGAGAUUACAAGAUGAAGGACACCAGACACUCGUUUUUUCACAAUCCAGAAGACUUCUAGACAUCAUAGAGCACCUUUUGAAGAAAGAAAAUUUCAAGACUUUGCGUAUCGAUGGAACCGUUACUCAGCUUCCGGAAAGACAGAGACGAAUCGACUUAUUCCAGCAAAGUCAAGAUGCCUCUGUUUUUCUCCUUACUUCUCAAGUAGGUGGAGUAGGUCUCACUUUAACGGCGGCAUCUAGAGUGGUCAUUUUUGAUCCCAGCUGGAAUCCUGCUACCGAUGCACAAGCUGUAGACAGAGUUUACAGAAUUGGGCAAAAAGAAAAUGUUGUGGUUUAUAGAUUGAUCACCUGUGGUACGGUGGAGGAGAAGAUAUAUAGAAGACAGGUUUUCAAGGACUCGUUAAUUAGACAAACCACUGGGGAUCAAAAAAACCCCGUUAGAUAUUUCAGCAAGCAAGAAUUAAGAGAGCUCUUUACAAUAGGGGAUUUUCGGAGUUCUCCAACACAGGUGCAGCUGCAUUCUUUGCAUGCUGGUCACAGAAAGACUGAUAAAACCUUGGAAGACCAUAUCGCUUACCUCCACACUUUGGGCAUAGCAGGAAUCUCUGACCACGAUUUGAUGUUCACGCAUGACGUGUCUGUUCAGGAAGAGUCUGAGGCAGGGGAGUCUCAAUAUAUUCAAGAGAGGGUUCAGAAGGCUCAACUCCUAGUUGAAUUAGAGUCUCAAAAUAACAAGCUCUUACUAAACAAUGGCAGAAACAGAGUUGAGGAGGGCUGGCCGAAACAAUUUGGAUCUUCCAAAGCAAAGAAAAAUAGCUCUGACUCGAAGGCUGCGUGUUUGCAUUCACCCCCUGAACUUGUUGAUCUUACACAAAAUGACUCUUUCAGCUCCGGAAUGGCAAAUUUAAGUAUCGUUCAAUCUAAUGAAACAACACGUGAUCUCUCUGCCAUGAAUCUAGAUGUGUCUGCAAAAGAAUCUGAUAUCGACAUAGCAGAAAACAAAGCUGAUCAUGAACUUAUAACUGUUUUUUCCAGUGAAGAGUGCCUUGAAAUGGAGACAUCAAAGGUCAAUAAUUCUGAUGAUAGCGUUCAGAUCUUAUCAGAUAGCAAUCGGGAAAGCAAAAAGCAGUUAGCCGAUGAAACGAAAGCAGUCGACAUUAAGCCAAAUCCCGAUCGAACAGCAAAAUCUGAGAUUUUACUGCCUUUUAGUCCAGAAAAAUCUAUGGAAUUUGAUACUCCCCUUAUUUGCAUAGCCGACUCAGACUCGAGUGCAGUCGAGAAUUUGCCAUCAAAUGAGGACAAGUUAGAAGAAGAACCCUUAGAUUCUUCACCGCAGUAUGCUGGUGAUUUCAAUCUUUUUUUGGAAGACUCUGCAGAGAGUGAACAGAAUCAUUCCAAGAAGUUUUUGGCACCCAGUGAAAGGGAAAGUAACAUCAUGGAGUUCACCCCUAUUCCUAGAGGACUGGGUAGCUUUAAGUAUCCACAGUUGGAGAGUCUCUCUGAUCAAGAAAGUGAACUGGAGGACAACAUACUUCCUGUGAAAACAAGAUAUAAGACUAGGAGGAUCGUUUCAGAUGAUGAUGAUGAUGAUGAUGAUGCUAUGACAGAAGGGAUGUUGCCCCCUCUGCCAAACUCGUUAGUACAAUUUAGUUCCACUCCUAAAGCUAGCACAUCUCAAAGUGAAUUACUUUUACCUGAAAUAGGUAGUGGUGAAAAUACUCCUGCAAGUUCCAGAAGAUCCCUGGCUUCAAGGAGAUCGCUUAUUAAUGUGAUUUUAGACCACGUUGAAGAUAUGGAAGAAGAGGCCAGUGAGCAAAAGAAUACAGACAAGUAUUUAGAAGUAGAAAUGGGGGAGUAUAAUCAAGAGAUUGAAUAUUCAGAAGAGGAAUCUGCUGGAGAAGAUUCAUUGUUCCAAAGCGUGUUUUGUUCAAACUUGGUCCAGAGCGCAUCUGACGAAGGUCCACUAGCGACUACCGCCCAUGACCCGAGCGCGUCUGAUGAAGGCCCGCAAGCGACUACCGCCCAUGACCCGAGCGCGUCUGAUGAAGGCCCGCAAGCGACUGCCGCCCGUAACCCGAGCGCGUCUGAUGAAGGCCCGCAAGCGACUGCCGCCCGUAACCCGAGCGCGUCUGAUGAAGGCCCGCAAGCGACUGCCGCCCGUAACCCGAGCGCGUCUGAUGAAGGCCCGCAAGCGACUGCCGCCCGUAACCCGAGCGCGUCUGAUGAAGGCCCGCAAGCGACUGCCGCCCGUAACCCGAGCGCGUCUGAUGAAGGCCCGCAAGCGACUGCCGCCCGUAACCCGAGCGCGUCUGAUGAAGGCCCGCAAGCGACUGCCGCCCGUAACCCGAGCGCGUCUGAUGAAGGCCCGCAAGCGACUGCCGCCCGUAACCCGAGCGCGUCUGAUGAAGGCCCAAGCGACUGCCGCCCGUAA